CUGGAGGAGCCAUUUCCACCUCCAUAGCUCUAGAAUAUAUACCAACCUCACCACUUUUCGCCGCUGAAUUCACCAUCUCCACCACUGAAAUUCCCAUUCCCCAACCUCACCACCAACAUCACCCUCCUUGCACUGAGUUCCACUUUGUUGGGUCAACCCAGUUGAAAACAACAAUAAUCUGCCAAUAAAAUUCACGCAACGUCAGAAGAAAAAAUGCUUGAAUUUGCUAAAAGAGUUUACCAACAAACUUUGCAACGAAAUUGGUGUAGAGAAAAAUAUUUUUUUCCUCCCUACUUUCACCCUCACCCCCUCUGAAUUCGAUAAUUUUUUUGAGUUUUAUCAUUUUUAAUUUUGAAUUUAAAUUGUUGAAAUUUGAUUCUUGUUUCAGUUUGUUCAAUCGAAACAAGAAUUUGACAGUUAUGGAGUUAAUUUAACUAUUGAGGAAAACUGAUUUUGAGGGAAUAAACUAAAUUUUCUUGAAGAUUUUUGUGUAAGAAUCUUAUUGUAGAAAUUCACAUGAAAAUAUUUUGAUAUGUAUUUGAUUGGAGAUAGUUGAUGGGUAAGAGAAAAAAAAGAGAAAUAUAAUAAGGAGAAGAGAAAAGGUGAUGAGAUUUGAGGAAGAAGAGGUUGAAAUUUUUUGAAAAUUUAGAGUGGACCCCACUUAUAUUUUUAAUCAAAGUAUGUUUUUUUUUUUUUUUUGAUCAUAUUAGCUACUAAGGGAAAUAUAAUUCAUGCAAAAGUUAUAAUUCAUGCAAUAGUUAUUUAUGCUUUUGGGGAAGUUGGGGCGACACAGGCUUAUUUAUGCUUUUUCGUUUUUUUGACCAGUAUUUGAAAGGUCAAACACGUUUUGUCCAAUAAUACAAGGACUGAAUAGAAAAAAGCAAUCUCUUUAAGGAUGAAAGGGUGCUAUUUUCCCUAAAAUCAUUCGUAGUUUCUUCAUUCAACUCACUGUCGGGUUGAAAUCCCCAAUUUGAAAUACUUGGAAGGGAAUUGAAGUUGGAAGGAAUGGAAAGAGUGGCGGAGGGACUUUGGGUACUGGCGGAUUAUGAGGAGAAGAAGGGAGAAAUUGGAAAAUCGGUGAAAUGCUUGGAAGCUAUAUGUCAAAGCCAAGUCUCGUUCCUUCCUAUUAUCGAGAUUAAAACACGACUCCGCAUCGCUAAUCUCCUUCUAAACCACUCCAAUAAUGUCAACCAUGCCAAAUCCCACCUCGAACGCUCUCAAUUGCUGUUGAAGUCCAUUCCGUCAUGCUUUGAGCUCAAAUGCAGAGCAUACAGCUUGUUGAGCCAGUGUUACCAACUAGUGGGGGCUAUUCCUUCACAAAAGCAGAUAUUGAACAAGGGUUUAGAACUUAUUUCAACUUCUGAAGAUGGGUUUUCAGGGAGGUUAUGGUACUGCAACUUCAAUUCUCAGCUAGCAAAUGCUCUUACAAUUGAGGGAGAUCAUCAUGGUUCAAUUUCCGCACUGGAUAAUGGCCUAACAUGUGCAACGCAAAUGUGCUAUCCAGAGUUACAGAUGUUUUUUGCAACUUCGAUCUUGCAUGUGCACCUCAUGCAAUGGGAGAAUGAAAGUUCUGUUCAAGAUGCUCUCAACAGAUGCAAUGUAAUAUGGGAAUCUAUUGAAUCGGUAAAAAGACAGCAAUGCCUUGGUUUGCUAUUUUACAACGAGCUGUUGCAUGUAUUUUAUCUACUUCGGAUAUGCGACUACAAGAAUGCUGUUCAACAUGUUGAUAAGUUGGAUGCUGCCAUGAAGUCUGAUUUACAGAGGAGGCAACGGAUCAAGGACCUGACCAAGGAGCUUGAUGCAGUGAAUGAAAGUCUCCCCUGUUAUGAUUUAAGUUACAGAGACAGAUCUUCUCUUUCUGCAAAACAAACUCACCUUGGGGAGCAACUUAAUAACUUAACAGGAAAUGACAGAGAAUUUUCUGAACCGAAAUACUUUGGAAGCGCGAGACGGACUUGGGAAGACAAGCUUGAAUUGGCACCACCUCCUAUUGAUGGAGAGUGGCUACCUAAAGGUGCUAUUUAUGCAUUGGUAGAUCUUACAGUAGCUGUUUUUAACCGUCCAAAAGGACUUUUUAAGGAGUGCUUGAAGAGGAUCCAGUCUGGCCUGCAAAUUGUUCAAGAGGAGCUGAAAAAGUAUGGGAUUCUUGAUGGAGUGAGAGAAGUGGAUCUGCAACACACUGCUAUUUGGAUUGCCAGUGUCUAUUUGAUGCUCCUAAUGCAGUUGCUUGAAAACAAAGUAGCAGUUGAUCUUACACGUUCUGAAUUUGUUGAAGCGCAAGAGGCAUUGGUGCAGAUGAGAAAUUGGUAUAUUCGCUUUCCAACAAUUUUACAAGCUUGUGAGUGUGUUAUUGAAAUGCUUAGAGGACAGUAUGCACAUUGUGUCGGCUGCUAUGAUGAAGCAAAUUAUCAUUUCCUUGAAGCUUCAAGGCUAAGUGAGAACAAAUCAAUGCAAGCCAUGUGCUGUGUUUAUGCAGCAAUCUCUUACAUCUGCAUGGGAGAUGCUGAAUCCUCAGCAAAGGCCCUUGAUCUGAUCGGACCAGUUUUAGGAGUGAUGGAUUCUUUCACGGGAGUGCGAGAGAAAACGAGUGUCCUUCUUGCUCAUGGGUUUCUGCUGAUGAGGCAGCAAAAUCUACAAGAAGCAAGAAAUCGACUAGCGUUUGGCUUGCAGACAACACAUAAUACCUUGGGGAAUCUGCAACUUGUUUCACAAUAUUUGACUGUUUUGGGCAAUUUGGGACUUGCCCUCUGUGAUACUGUACAAGCUAGGGAGAUAUUGAGGUCCUCUCUUACAUUGGCUAAGAAGCUUAAUGAUAUUCCAACUCAGAUCUGGGUACUAUCGAAUUUGACAGCUAUGUACCAGCAACUUGGUGAGAAAGGGAGUGAAAUGGAGAAUCAUGAUUACAAAACAAAGAAAGUAGAGGAUCUUCAAAAAAGAAUUUCUAAUGCAUGUUUGUCCAGUCACCAUGUUGAACUGAUAGCCAAAGUAAAAGUUGAAGCCCAUCAGAUGAGUGAGAUUGACAUUAAACGAGCAAUCUCAGGCUCUUCUAUGAGAGUUGAUCUGGACAUUCCCGAAUCCAUUGGUCUGGAAACAACUUCUCCUAUGACGUCAUCAUCAAGGCUUAUGGAUUUUGAUAUGGGGAGACUGAGAAAGAGAAAAGCGUAGUUUUCUACCUGUAAAUUUGUAGGUCUUAAUUCCUAGUGUAACUACUGGAAGAGGUGAGAGUGUGCUCUUUGUUUCCUGCUCUUUCUGGUAUGCCUAAUUGUGAUGGUUUACCCUUUUUUUUUAUUGUACAGUAAUGUUGUAAUUAUACUCCCCAACAUCUUCCCAGGAAAAAAGAAGGGAAGAUAAACUAAUGACUAGAAUUGCCAAAAGAUAUGCUCUAUUAAGACAGUUCGUAGUUCAAUCA